AUGUUGACUCGGUUUGUGUCCCGUUUGGCUACGCGCUCGAGAGGAUCCGCAGUAGCCAGCCGUGCUCUCUCCCCAGCUUCCUUCCGGGCGAUUUCUCCUGGUCUCUCUCGUAGCCUCCACACUGUCGAGAGCAAGGCCCACCUGGAGAAGGUUGCUAAAGACUCGGUCCCGCUUGUCACCUUCGAGCAAGGAGAGCGUAAGGAGCAAAUGCUUCACGUCGAUCCUCAGCCGGUUACUUCUACCGUGCAAGAUUCCCAGACUGCUGCCCAGCCCUUUGAUGGCUCUGUGUUUCAAAACUUGACGCCGACUAUGGCUAAGUUCACUCUCAUCGGCAGGGUUGCUAUCAUUACAGGAGGAGGUCGUGGUCUAGGCUUAAACAUGGCUCAGGCUCUCGCUGAAGUUGGCGUGCGUGGCAUUGCCAUCCUUGAUGUCCAGCCCGAUAUAGGAGAGGCUGCUGCACAAAAGCUCAGCGAAGACACUGGUAUUGAUGUACGAUUCUAUAGCGUUGAUGUUCGUGACGAGGACGGCAUCUCUGAGGCUAUUGAAAACGCUGCGUCUCACUUCGGUCAGAUCGAUAUUUUGAUCAACUCUGCUGGAAUUGCCGACUCCAAUAUCAAGGCUGAGACCUAUAAUGUCGACAUGUGGCGUCGCCUCAUAGACAUCAAUGUGACCGGGAACUUUCUCGUUGCACAGGCUGUAGCCCGCAAGAUGAUCUCCUCUGGAAACGGUGGCUCCAUCAUCAACAUUGCCUCGAUGUCUGGAUCUGUCGUAAACUACCCCCAGGAGCAGUCUUGUUACAACGCGUCCAAGGCUGGCGUCAUCCAGAUGACCAAGUCCCUGGCAACUGAAUGGGCUCGCUACGGCAUACGCGUAAACGCCAUCUCCCCCGGUUACAUGGACACUGCACUGAACCGCGUCCCAGCUCUUGAAGCCCAGAAGAAGAUCUGGAUUGACCAUACCCCGCAGAAGAGACUUGGUGGUGUCGCGGAUCUUAAUGGUCUUGCAGUUUAUUUGGCCAGUGAUGCGAGCGCGUACAUGACGGGCAACAACUGUGUCAUUGAUGGUGGAUAUACCCUCUGGUGA